CCGUUUUCCACCAUUGUCAGAGGUAUCCUAACUAUUGCCGCUAAAAUUUACCCGACAAUUGUAGACAAAGGCCGAUAAUAUUGUCGAUUUUCACUGGGCUUCAAGCUUCAAGAGCCAGUGAGGCCGGUGAGGGAGCCAAUUGGGCGCUUGUGCUACCUCACAAUUUCCUUGUUUGGACUGGAAGAGAAAUUUUUUAACGAAGUACAAUCCUCAGCCCGUUCUCAGUCAUCAACAUGCCUCGAAUAAGAAAAAAAACCAGCAAACGGACAAAGAUCCACGAAAGAGCGAGGCUUCACAAGCAAAUCAAGGAGAGCAAGAGGAAGAAAUCUAGAGACGCGAAAAAAAAUCCACAAUGGAAAUCCAAACAUAAAAAAGACCCUGGUAUUCCGAACAAUUUUCCUUACAAGGAUCAGGUCUUAGCUGAAGUACGGGAACAACGGAGACUGGCAGUGGAGGAGAGAGAACGUAAAAAGGAAGAGAAGAGAGCUCAGAAGGCUGGGACCGUCAAGAGGGCGGACGAAGACUCUGACAACGAGGAAUCUACUUCCCAAGUAGAAGAAGUCGAAAUCGAUGACAAGGAUGGUGACACCGAAGGAGUUGGAAGUAUAAGUGCCAAAAGGAUCGCCAGCAGCCGAAUCUCUACUCGACCGGCGCCCAUAGAGGUAGACGACGAGGAAGAGGAAGAGGACGAGCCUUUGCUCAUCAAUAGAGACCUUCCCAACCUUCAAUCUGUUUUAGAUCAGGCCGACUGCGUCAUUCAAGUGCUUGACGCUCGAGAUCCUAUCUCUUUCCGAAGUACUCAGUUGGAGGAGUUAGCGUCGAAAGACAACAAACGUCUACUUUUCAUCCUUAACAAAAUUGAUGUCUCUCCUAGAGAGGCCGUGAAGGCAUGGUCUUCCACGUUACGGAGAGACCAUCCAACACUACUAUUCCGUUCUGCUACGGCAUUUUUGCCAGACAAUCCUCGUAUCCCGGCGGACAUCAAGGGCAAGCGGAAGGCGAGCGAACCAUCCGAUGACGCUGUCGGUGUGGAAGGUGUUUUGAAAUGCUUGGCUGAUUGGGCGAAACAAAAGAAGAACGGAGGACCUUUCGUGGCAGCUGUUGUUGGUGUUGCCAAUGUCGGGAAAAGUGCAUUCGUAAAUUCACUACUCAAAAAGGCUGCAUUACCGAUGUAUGCACCGUCAUCUAGCAGUUUCGGCCCUACCACCACUUAUCUUCCGCAAGAGGUUACUAUUGAUGUUAACGGCUUCUCAAUACGCAUAAUUGACACACCGGGAUUUUCAUGGGAAUUUGACAAGACCGCCGAAGAUGCUGCAAGACUUCGUUGUCACGAUAUUCUCAUUCGGAACAGAGGAAGAAUUGAUCGCUUGAAAGAUCCUUCUCCACCUAUUGCGGAAAUUGUUGCUCGCUCCAAUACCGAAGAUCUCAUGCUUCUCUAUAGUCUUCCGGCUUUUCCGCAGGGAGAUGUAGAUACCUUUCUCUCCGGUGUCGCACGGGCGCAACAGUUGGUCAAAAAGCGAGGCACUCUUGAUAUAGCCGCUGCAACUCGAAUGGUCCUGCGGGAUUGGAACGUGGGCAAAUUCCGUUAUUACUGCAUACCGCCAGCCGAAGGUACUUCGCCGGGCGAUAAGGGCGAUCAGGAGAUGUACCCCGGUGACGAGGCUGUUCUUGCAGCGCUCUUAUCACGCAAAGACAUGAGGAAGGCAGGCGGAUUGGUCAAAAUGCGGCCAGGGCAGGCUGAUUCGCGCAGUUUGGUUCUGGUAGGAGAGUAUGUAGAUGGCGAUGAUGACGAUAGUAACGAUGGGUCAGAGGAAGAACAUGGCGAGGCACAGAUUGAAGAGGGCAAUGCAGAUGACUCAGUGAGUGACGAAGGUGAGGACGAAGAUUUGGAUGACGAAAGGGACGAAGAAGAGGAAGAGACACGGCUUCCGGUCAAAGAGAAACGAAAGCGGUCAGGUCAGGAUGUGUCACCGCCGAAGAAGAAAGUAGCAUUUUCCACUGACAGGAAGAAGCCAAGCAAACACGAGGGGCGUUCCGGUCAUACCAAACCGCUCAAGUCAGUCUCGAGGAAAGUAGCAAGCAACUCCUCAAAUUCAAAAUGGAAGCCGGAAGCGGCUGAUGCAGGGAGUGGCAGCGAGGCUUACGAUUUUGGCAGAUACUUUUAAUAUGUAAAGCAACUGUCGCAUUGUACUAGAUGAUCGCACGAUGCAAUUCUAUAAAUGGUCAGUGU